AUUCUCAACCCUGACACUUUCUUCGAUGCAAUCACUCACCGUCUUCAUCGAGAAACUGUUCUACAUUCAGAUUAGCUACACCUUUCGCUCUCAAUCUCCCCACAUUUAAUCUUCUUCUUCCUCAUCAACUGCCCAGUGCUGCUGGAUUUCUCUGUUUCCACCUAGUGAAGCUCAUGGCUUGACGUAAACAUGCUAUUCAACUACAUAGCUUCCUUACUUCAACCUGCGCUGUGCAUAAUUGGUUAUGAUCUUCUAUACUAACAUGUUUCGGUCUUCUGCUUUUCGGUUGACAUCAAAUGAUUGUUUAAAUUUUUGUUGGAUUCCUCUAUUUUCCUCCCAUCCAUGCUUUUGUGGUUUUGGCAAUCAAGAAAUAUUUACUGCAAACGUGACUUAUUAGUCCAGAGCUUCCUGAAAUUACUGUAAUAUGAUGUUUUUUAUUAUAAGAGUUGGUUUUGCAGAGACUGGUCCAGCAUCAGCCCACACAGUACACUACAUCAGAGGAGUUAAGUAUUGGGAAGAUCAAGUUUAAAGCAUUUGAUCUUGGGGGUCAUCAGAUUGCUCGCAGAGUUUGGAAAGAUUACUAUGCCCAGAUUUGAAAGCACAAGAAAUACAAGCAAAAGAUCUUAUCAAACUAUCCAAUGCACUUUCGAAGGGUAGUUGCUGGAGUCUGUCGGAAUUUCAUUAUACAUUUCUCUUGAGAAAUAGAAGGAUUUUGGAACUGUCUGGUAAUUCUAGAUUACACAGAUGAUCAUCGUUUCCCGGUGUUAAUAGCUAUCAUUGCGGAUAGAAGCAUUGAAAUGUCAUUAUUAGUUGAGUUUCACAAAUAGAUUUGCAUUUUGAAAGCUUCAGAACUGAAAUCCGGACACUUUCCCAGUUGUCCUACAACGUGGGACGCGAGUUUUAGCAGAACCAGAUUUAGGAAAUUGAAAAAUCUUCUCCUUUUCUCUUUCGGUUACCUUAGUUUCAGGAGUUAAUCGCUCAACAAGUGUAACUCUUUUUAAGAUUCUCAAUUCGCAGAUUUCACACAUAGAUGUAAGUGGCUCCUCCAACACUUAUCAGAUUCGCUGCUCUGCGAAAGGUGGUCAUUCAAUAUUUCUCAAUUCAUAGAGCAAGGUUUCGUAAUGGAGGACGGAGACAACAUUUUGGAUGCCAUAAAUGAGGAGGAUAACUUCGAUGAUGUGGAUGACGAUGUUGACAUGGUUGAUGUUGAAGAAGGAGAGUUGAUAGAGCCUGAUUCCCAAAAUGUUUUUGGACAAAGCAGUGCUGGAAAUAUCAAUGAAGCAAAUCAAGAACCUAAUAGUAAGAACCACAGGCGUAGGGGUAGCAAGAAGAAGAAUAAGAGAAAGAGGAAGAGUUCUGGAUCUAAUCCUGUGGAUAUAAACAGAUUUGUGCUAGAUACAUGUCGACGUUUGAAAGAGAAAAAGUCAUACAUGCUAUACACUGCUGUAGGUUGCCUUGGGGUCUCUGCAUUAAGUGAUCUCAUCAAAGAGGUGGAUGCAAUACAAGCUUGUGGAGGCCAGAAAACUGCUGAUGGUAGACGAUUCCGUACAGGGGGUGGCAUAUUGUGGAGCAUCUUAAAGGUUAGGGAACCAAAGGUCUACAAAGAGAUAAUGAAAAAAGCAAGGGAAUUUGAGAAACAAUUCAAGCAGCCAAAUGUAAAGCAACGACUUGUGCCAAAGAAAGAGGAUUCUUCUCAAGUAGUGCCCUUUUCAUUUGUUGGCAGGGAUCAGGGCAGUAUUUCGGACGGUGAUUUUUGUGCAUCCCAAACUCAAAAUCAACAUAAACCAGUAACUUCUGCAGAAAAGCCUAUCUCUGUUCAUGAUAGGUUAAGGAUACCUGUAUCCUAUGAUGAUAACCUGCUUGGAGAGCAUGCAGUCAAUGAUGCAACCUGAGUCUGGAAGUAAAUGGGUAACUUUUAAUUCUUUUUGUUAAUUUUAAUUUACCUAUUUUUAAAAGCAAAACAAAAAAAAUGUUUUGAUGAUUGAUUAAAUUUAAUAUAUGAAUUCAUUUGUUUUCUUUAUUAUACUUGGUGCCUUGAACAAAAAAUAUGUAGCUUCUUCCCUAAUGUGAAUGUCAGCUGGUUCCUUAGCAGAUAGGAUGUGUUAGCUAUCAGUUACAUUGAUUAGCAAUGAUUGUGUAGCUGCGUAAAAUGUUACGAUUAUGUAGAGUGUGAUACUGCUGAAUAUAAAUAGAUGUUAGUGGGUCAUUUUCUAUUGUAAAUCAGUGGCCAAAACUAUGGCCUAAAGUUUGAAAUUGAAAUUAUUUGGCCGCUUCUUUGUACGCAUUCACAGCUGUCAAAUAAUUAAACAUAAACGUGAUAACAAUGUUAAAAGGGACAGAAAAUGAAGAGAGAGAGAGAGAGAGAGAAGAAAACACAAAAAAUUGCAUAACAAAAUGAACCUGCAUUCAUGACUCUUGUUCAUAUGGAAAAGGACUUGAGAGUUUCAUUCGGAUGAUUUAAUCCUCAUCGGUUAAAAUUGAAACAUGAAGAAAUGGAAUUUUGUGGAUUCAUAUAUCUUUGUUGAUACAUUAGAAACUCUUAUUAUCAACAUAACCAGCAUUUGGUAUUGAUGUGAAAUUCAGAUAUUUUGCGUUUCUGUGUGAUGGUUAAACGCUAAUGAAAUAUCUUUUCCCAUGGAUCUUUACAAUAUUCUGUUAUAUCUGUGAAAUUUAAUUAAUCGAUUUUCUUAACCUAUACAACACCGCACAUAAUAAGAUAUAAAUAAGUAGUAUAUAUAUUUUUUAUUGAAAAUUAUAUCAUUUAACCAUAUCAAUACAUUAAAUUGCAUCAGUUUGUAAAUCAUUUUUAAAAAAAACUUAUUAUAUAUAACUUGUACCUUCUGAGUGAAUUUUUAGAUAACUUCUUGUAGAAGAAAAAAAUUAAUAUAAAUAAUGAAUAAUUACUUAAUAGAUCCUUUUUGGCUGUUUUAAGGGAAAAAAUUAUCAUUCAAGUGUUGGAAGAAUUCACACCAAAACCCAAACUUUGAGGAGACUGCGGAAUUCACACCCUAACUUGAAGGAUCACAAAUUGUACAUAAUUAAACUUCCUAAUGGAGGCUUUUUGCCUUAAAAUUUCCAUGCAAACCAAACAGGGCAUAGUUAAACAUGCUCCAAUCAAACUUUACAUAGGCACCAGCCAAUCAUAACAUAAAUAGAGUUUUACAGAAAUAAAGAAAAAAAAAAAUCAGUAGAAGAGUUGGCAUAGUGGAAAAAACUGGAAGCAGCAAGAGCUGACUAAAGAACUGAAAGCUCUUACAGCAAAGCCCAAGUUUCAUAAUUUGGACUUACCUCUGCUUGAAUAGAUGGCGUAAGGGCUAACACCCCAUGGGCAUAGUCAAGUGAUUAAGCAUUCACAUGAAAAAGAUUUGCCAUUUUUCCACCUAUUUUUGCAACAGAAACUAAAACAUAUAAACCAAUAGCUUUGCUUAUUUUACAUCUGUUCACGUCCAUAGUUAAUUCAACCAGCCCAAUAGAAGUUCUUAUAAAAUGAUUAAGGCGCGGGUGUUUGAGAUCCAUAAGCUUUAGUGUGUGUUUAAAUUCAUAUUGAAAAAUUAAUAAACGUUAAUUCAAUAAUCCAAAGUAGUCACUGCAGAACCAAGCAUGCACUUGUUCUUAGAGCAAAAUCAAUUCCAAUAAAGGUGACUCACAAGUCACAAGUGUCUAUUAUAAUUAAUAAAACUGAUUUAAAGGUGAGACCAAUAAAUUUUCACAUACAUAUACCAACAAUACUACGAAAGUAACAACCCCGUAGUUCAACAUUGAUUCUUCUAAAGGUAAGCACCCUUAGAACAACAAAAAAUAAAUCCGUGUUGUCUUUAACAAUACAGUAGUACCAUAGUUUUGAAAAAGAAUGCCAGUGUAACACGAGACAAACUUGAAAAUGAGAACCUUUCUUGGUACCAAGUCAUUUCACCCAAAUAUUAAUUUAGUAGUUGGAGUAUGGUAUAAUACCUGAAUCAAUUUCAAUAGAUA